AUGGCCAACAUCACCCAUGAUACUGGCAUCACAGCCCUGCCGGCCACCUAUGUGAACCUCCACAAAUGGCUGGAAUCCGACACGGAGUUUGAGAGAUCAGGGAGCUACAAGGGCUGCCGGCCGGAGGGUGUGCAUGGGCACCCUAGGGUUGUGGACAGCAGAUCAUGCAGACAAUUGUACUUGCGGAGCUACACAUUCUCAAGAAAAGAAAGUGUUCCUGAGAAGGCCAAGAAGUGUAUAGGCAAAGUUAAAGAGAGAAUCAAGAAUAAAAGAUCAUCAAGACAAAGAUCAUCAUCUUCAUCUCCAUCUUCAUCAAAAGCAAGCAAUAAUAGCGAGAAGAUAGGAUUUGGUAAAAGAGAUUCUUUCAGGAGAGUGCCAUGUGCUGCUUUGUUCUCUAUGUUCAAGAGAUUGCUAUCUUGCACUACCAAGGUUGAUGUGGUUGAACACGGAGAUCAAUGA